UCUCCCGCGGCUUCCCAGGCCGCCACCAGCUCCGAGGGGGCCAGCUGGAGCGUAGGCUCCUGUGAGAGCUCGGCGAGCUCGCGGCUCCUCCCGCAGUGGAGCCGGCUGUGGGGCGCAUGGACGUCUUGGAUGCGCUGACUUUGGAGACUCCGCCGAGUCGGGGCCGCGCGAGCCCUCAAAGAUGCCACCUGUCAAGAAAGCUGACUAAGAAGACCAGGAGAAUGAGCAUGGGAACAACUUGAAGUCAGAUGCAAAUGGUCCCCUAAAGACAGAGUUUCACUGUACCGCCCUCGGGUAGAGUGCCGUGGCGUCACACGGCUCACAGCAACCUCUAACUCUUGGGCUUACGCGAUUCUCUUGCCUCAGCCUCCCGAGCAGCUGGGACUACAGGCGCCCGCCACAACGCCCGGCUAUUAUACUAUUUUUUUUUAGCAGAGAUGAGUUCUUGGUCAGGCUGGUCUUGAACUCCUGAGCUCAAGGGAUCCUCCCGCCUCGUCCUCCCAAAAGUACUAGGAUUAUAGGGCAAAGUUCCAUUUGUAGAAGAGCCCCUCACCCAGGGGACGUGUUAUACACCCUCACAAUGUGCACGUUAGCAUGGAGGAUGGAUUCCUGGCUAAGAAGUUGAAGGAAGGUGGUCACAAGGCAGAAGUGACCACUGGUCUUAUGGAGUGCUGCAGGCUGAUAAGGCAGUGACCACCACGGAGGAACCUGAUGGGCACAGUAGUUGGCUGUGCCAGGCUGGUUGCCGCCUUGGAGAUGAAGGUCUUGAGCCAGGGCCAACGGACAGAGUUGUGCGGGUGGCCGUGAACCACACUGCCCCAUUGCCCCAGGUGCCCCAUCCUAGGAACAUGACAACAGCCCAGAAGGGCCACAGGCAAGGUGCCACAUCCAUCUGUUCAGUGUCCAAUGCAAAAGACCCCAAGAUGGUGACUUCUCCCAUAUGGCAGAAUGGCAGCUGUCGCAGCAGCCCCGGCAGAGACACAGAGGUCCAGGAACCCCGAGUCAGCCCUUCCAAGCUCAUGCGCCUCUUCUCCUUGAGUCGCAAGAGGUUGAGUACUCACCCAGACAGGCCCCGCUCUGUGGUCCUGGUGGGCAAUUCCUCAACAUGGAACGCCCUUGCCUCCUUCCGGAAGAUGGGAUCUUUCAAAAAAUUGAAAUCCUCAGUCCUCCAGGGAAUUCAGAACCGAGAGGAUUCUGAAGAUGCUUCAGAACAUGACCCAGGGAAACUCAUCCCAAAUGGUGCUAUAAUAGGCAUCCAGACAAGCAGGUGUGCCUCCUCAGGACAGGCGAGUGACCCCCCCAGGGUAGGGGACGGGGGUGCUUCUGAUUGCUCUGACCCUGAAGAGACUGAUGACGCUUUCCAGCGGAGCACUCACCGCUCCCGCAGCAUCCGCAGGGCCUAUGGCCUGGGCCGCAUCAGCCUGCUGGAUGCCGAUAAGCAGCACAGCCUCACGGUGCAUGGCCGUCCCCUGUCCUCUAUCAGCCAGGAGCCUGCCCUGUGUGAGAUCCUAGUGAAGGACCCCGAGAGUAAUAGCAUCAUCUAUAGGAAAAGCAACAGCACAGACAACUUGAACUUUCUCAAGAAGAGCUCCUUCAAAAGGAAGUCUACCUCCAAUCUUACAGACCUCAGGGUGGCGCAUGAAAGGCCAGUGCCCCAGAGGACCCUAAGCAAUUCUUCUGCAGACUCUGAAAAACUCAGUGGCUCAGAGAGAAGGACGAAAGGAUGGAAGAGCCCGAUAAGGGCCAAGGACUUUGACAGAGUCUUACGACUCGUAAGCAAUGUGACAGAUGCCGCCUGGAAGAGGGAGAGUCCCAAGAGCGGGGCUGCAUCCCCCCGUGAAGCACACCCGAGACUGUGGCAGCACAGUAGGCUGCACGAUGACUACUCUCGCCGGGCAUCAAGCAGCUCCGAGCAGGACAGAUGGCGGGGCGUGUGGCCGACGCACAGCGCUUCUGCACGCUGCGCCUCGGCCCUUGGCCUCAGCUCAGCCACUCCUCAGGGUCCCCGCAUAGACAUGGACACUGCAGUGUUUCCUAUCGAAGCCAAAAGCUCCCGUGCAUCAGAAAGUGAUGGUCCUUGUGCCAGCAGCUCCUCGUCAAGUUCACUUGCCCAGGAAGUGUUGAGCAAAGACUCCGAUGAAGCAAAUGCUGACAGCCAGUUUACAUUUGACCUGGAGCAGCCUCCUACCCCACUAAGGCCCACCACGCCCAAGCCCCAGAGCCCAGGGGCAGGAAGUGCCAAGUGUUCCAGCAAUCACAGUGCACUGUCCCUCAGUUCUGUUGAGAGUGAAGAAAGGGCAGAGGUGCCUGCUCAGAGAGAGCCAGGGCCUGUGUCAUUCCAGGAUUUGGUGCAAACCACACAUGGUGAUGAAGACAAUGGGAACCCUCAGCUGAGCCUCAGCCAGGUGGCCAGUCCAGAAGAAAAGGGGGAGGUAAGAGCUGAGGUUGUCACGGAUGAACCCUGGAGGCGAGUCUCAUCCCAGGAGGAGGAAAGGACAGAGGCACAGAGAAUCCCCAGAAGGAGAUGGGGUUCUGGAAGACGGCCACGGCCUCGGCCAUUCUCAGACUAUGGCCAGCUGGCCAGCCGCAGCUUGUCUAUACCUGAAGACUCAGUUGCCACAGAUCCCGAGGAGGAGGACCAAGUGGACACGGACCCUCAGGCGAGCAUGGCAGCUCAAGGACCUGCAGACCAGAAUGCUUCCAUGGGCUUCCCCAGAGGAGCACGGAGAAGACGCCCCAUUUCCGUGAUAGGUGGGGUCAGCUUCUAUGGGAACAACCAGACGGAGGAAAUAGAGGAUCUCCUGACCCAACCAGCAGCCAGGCCGCCCGUGCCUGCUCACCAGGUGCCGCCCUACAAGGCAGUGUCAGCCCGGUUCCGGCCCUUUACCUUUUCCCAGAGCACCCCCAUCGGGCUGGACCGCGUGGGACGCUGGCGGCAGAUGAGAGCAUCCAACAUUUCUUCAGAUGGAGUUACUGAGUCUUCUGCCUUAGUCGACGACAACGGUAGUGAGGAGGACUUCAGCUAUGAAGACCUCUGCCAGGCCAACCCUCGGUACCUGCAGCCGGGUGGAGAACAACUGGCCAUUAAUGAGCUGAUUAGCGAUGGCAAUGUGGUCUGCGCAGAAGCCCUGUGGGACCAUGUAACCAUGGAUGACCAGGAACUGGGCUUCAAGGCUGGUGAUGUCAUUCAGGUUCUGGAAGCCUCUAAUAAGGACUGGUGGUGGGGCCGGAACGAGGAUAAGGAAGCGUGGUUCCCUGCAAGCUUUGUCAGAUUGCGAGUUAAUCAGGAAGAGCUGUCGGAGAACUCCAGUGGCACCCCCGGCGAGGAGCCAGACGAGGAUGCCAGCCACGUCCACCACAGGCACUCCGAGAAUAAACACCAGAUGAGAACGAACGUCAUCCAGGAGAUCAUGAACACUGAGCGGGUCUACAUCAAACACCUCAAGGACAUCUGUGAGGGCUAUAUCCGACAGUGCCGCAAGCACACGGGAAUGUUCACUGUUGCACAACUAGCCACUAUUUUUGGAAACAUUGAAGAUAUUUACAAAUUCCAAAGGAAGUUUCUGAAAGACCUUGAGAAACAGUACAAUAAAGAAGAACCUCACUUAAGUGAAAUAGGAUCUUGCUUUCUUCAACACCAAGAGGGCUUCGCCAUCUACUCCGAGUACUGCAACAACCACCCCGGCGCCUGCCUGGAGCUCUCACAGCUCAUGAAGCAGGGCAAGUACCGGCACUUCUUCGAGGCCUGCCGCCUGCUGCAGCAGAUGAUCGACAUCGCCAUCGACGGCUUCUUGCUCACGCCGGUGCAGAAGAUCUGCAAGUACCCGCUGCAGCUGGCCGAGCUGCUCAAGUACACCACGCAGGAGCACAGUGAUUACAGCAACAUAAAGGCAGCAUAUGAGGCCAUGAAGAACGUAGCUUGUUUGAUCAAUGAGCGCAAACGCAAGCUGGAGAGCAUAGACAAGAUAGCUCGCUGGCAGCUGUCCAUUGUGGGCUGGGAGGGACUAGAUAUCUUAGACCGGAGCUCAGAAUUGAUUCAUUCUGGGGAACUGACCAAAAUCACUAAGCAAGGCAAGAGCCAGCAGCGGAUGUUCUUCCUCUUUGACCACCAGUUGGUGUCCUGCAAGAAGGACCUGCUCCGCCGGGACAUGCUGUAUUACAAGGGCCGGCUGGACAUGGACCAGGUGGAGCUUGUGGAUUUGGAGGAUGGGAGGGACAAGGACUGGAACCUCAGUGUGAAGAACGCCUUCAAACUCAUCAGUAAGACCACGGACGAGGUUCAUCUGUUCUGUGCCAAAAAACAGGAAGACAAAGCCAGGUGGCUCCAGGCCUGGGCGGACGAAAGGAGGCGGGUGCAGGAGGACCGGGAGAUGGGAAUGGAAAUUUCAGAAAAUCAGAAGAAACUCGCCAUGUCAAAUGCUCAAAAGGCAGGACAAGGGAAGUCAAAAGGCUACAGUGGAUGCCCUGUGGCCCCACCACACCAGGGCUUGCACCCACUCCAGCAGCGCCAUGUCACAGUGCCCCCCAGUGUCCCCCAGCAGCACGUGUUUGCCCUGGCAGAGCCCAAGAGGAAGCCCUCGCUCUUCUGGCACACAUUCCACAAACUCACCCCUUUUCGGAAGUGAAAAUGGAGGGCCAUAGUCCAACAAAGCAAGUGUCAAGAGGGAACCAUUUCUGUCUCUCCUAUGCUUAAAUCCAAGGAAAGUUCCUGGGACCCCAUGCUGAAAUCUUUCAGGGAUCAAUGAAGGAGAGAAGGACUUGGACUCACCUUCCAUCUUCAGAGACCCGGCUGCCUUCAUGGAAAGUCGUGAUGCUCAGCUUUAUCCUUCAUGAGAGCCCCUCACCCUGCAACCUGCUGUGAGGUGGCCAAGACUCAAGGGAGCACUGAGCCAGUGGCUCUAGCGAGUCUGGCCUGUUAGGGAUGGCAAGCUCCUGCUACAGCUCAGCACAGGCAUUGAGAGAUUUUCAGCUCCUAAGCAGGGACUAGAUUAGAAGAUCCCUUUUGCAUUCGAAGGGAGUCAUAGAGACAGGGUUGGUCCCACGCUGUCUCUUAUUAGCACGUGGCUGGGCACCCCUGGAAGGUGAGCUCUCUCUCCUUUCCCAGUGUUGGGGAACCUGCUGCUGUUGUGAGAUGCCCGUGGUAUUCUUUGGCGUCCGCAGCAGUCGCAAAAUGGUAGUGCAGCCUUUGCCUCGCUAGAUCUCUCUUCCUUACAAGCAAAGGGGAGAAGACAAUGAUGUGACUGUUGCCUGGCAGCACGGUCUGCUAUGGAGACUGACCCAAACAUCCUUGAGAUACUGCUGCUUUCAACCCAAAGCAGGAGAAACCUACUGAGUGUGGGGCUUGUCCUUAGGUCAGGCCCUCUCCUGCCUUGAGUAACUCCACGAGCAGAAGUCCUGCCCACAUGCCAUGACAUAGGAAACCCUGCCAUUCCAAUAACCUUUUGUGAUAUGAAGCCAAUUCUGAUUUUGAUGAUAAGUGAAUAUGACAACAGGCUGGUUGGAAGGCAUUCUCAAAGGGCACCCUUGCAGUGUUCCACACGUCCUCACCAAAUUGUAAGGAAAUUAUAAAGACACGUACCUUCGGUGGAGAAAACAUGAAGAGCAGAGCAAUCCUGCUUCCUGGAGAUUUGAAGCCGCCAUUGUCACACAGCACAUAACUGUGCCACCAGGAGAAUGUUGAUAGAUUUCUGAUGGCUAAUUCUUUAUAAAAGAGACCUUAACAAACUAUCAAGACUCAGAGAUAGCAGUCUUUUUUUUUUUUUUUUUUUUUUUAACGAAGGCCACACAGGCUGAUAACCUGCAGAUACGUUGUGUAUUUUGAUGAGAAUAAAUUUUGGCUAAGUCUGGAGAAGACAGGCUCCACAGGAGAGCUGCCAUUUUAACCUACUCAGUGCCCUGGAUAUGCAGCCUAGGGACUUCUGUUUGAAAAGCUCGUUUUUGAGUACCACUCUUGCAAAGUUCUUUUUCCUAGUAGACCAUGCUUGAGAAUAAACAAAUCUGUGAUGUCAAAAGCAAGGCUGUCAUCUUCAGUCUCCCAGCUGCGUGUUCUCCCUGCUCCCCAGUCUUCCCCUAUGUCGAGAGUGAUUAAGGGGGUGACAUCGCACAGUGAGAAAACAAACCCUUAGAGCGUUCCCUGACUGUUCACAGCCCUAUUCUGCCACCUUGGCAUGCUGGCCUGUGGGCAGCAUGGCUGAGGGAUUGCGGUGCCGCACAGCUGAUGGUCCCAGGGUUGCUCCUGCGGACCUUCACCCUGCGUGCCCUGAAAUAGAAGUUGGUCCUGUAGGAAACAUUCUGGGAGGUGCUAUGGCGUGAGCCUGGGUAUUUGUGUGUUUCCUUCUCAAAUAGACAUUUCAACAUUAGUUGUAUGUAUAUAACUGACAUUUUUACUAACAAAAUACAGUGAUAUAUUUUGGAAACUGAGCUUUUCCUGGACAUCUCAGCAAUAACUGUGUGGGGGUACAGUCUCUGUUCUAAAUAGAGUCAUUUGUAUGUACAGCAAUUUUGAACAAUUUUUUUUUAAUGUAAUAUGAGAGUUGCUUUAAGGAAGUGAAGAGACUCAUUUGCUUAUGUUACAUUUUCUUUUUUUUUUUUUUGAGACAUAGUCUCACUUUAUUGCCCUUAGUAGAGCUUACAGCAACCUGCAGCUCUUGGGCUAGGGUGAAUCUUGCCUCUGCCUCCCGAGUACCUGGGACAACAGGCACCCGCCACAACGCCCAGCUAUUUUUGUUACAUUUGCCACUGCUGUUUUAGCUGGCCGGGGCCAGGUUCCAACCCGUCACCCUUGGUAUAUGAGACUGGUGCCCUACCCACUGAGCCACAGGCACCGCUCAAAGAGACAGUUUUACUUCUUAGCCCCCACCCUCCCACAGUUUUGGCCGGGGCUGGGCUUGAACCCACCACCUCCUAUAUGGAGCUGGCGCCCUAUACUCCUUGAGCCACAGGUGCCACCUGCUUAUGUUACAUUUUCAGUGAGGAUCCAGUCACCCUUAGAGCUUCCAUUUCCUCCUAAUAAUCCACUCAUGGGUAAUGAAGAAAUGGCUUCCAAUUCUGUGGCCAGUCCUAAUUUAUUUCCCAGCUGAGCCCUAACUUCCGGUUCCCACCUACUGCUAUAGACUUCCUAGCAGAGUCACGAAUACCAGGACCUGCUUUUGUCUGGUUCGGCUCUAGUCCUGAGGCUGCCCCAGUCAGUCAUAGACAGUGUGAGAGUCACUCAAUCAAAUAUCAGUCCAAGUAGGACCUCCGAUUUUCAGGCGAUUUUGAAAACUGCUAAUGUAUUUUUAAAAGGAUAAAAGAUUUCUUGAAACCAUACAUCUAGCUUGGGUUUUAUUAACAAAUACCUGAGUUCUUCAAAGAAUGGAAGGCUCAGGUAUUCUCAUUUUUGGCUUCUCCAACUUCCUUCUUGAUUUAAGUGACAUGUUCCACUUGGAAAGAAAAGGAAAUAACAAAGAGCCUCCUCGGUGACUUGUGUGGGAAUUUCACUGGGAGUCUUGCUCCCUCCUGUCUGUCUGCCUUUUUGACUUUUCAUUUAAAUUAUGUGAGUGAGCAAAAAAAAAAAAUAAUAAUAAAAAAAUGAAGAGAAAAGGUGAUGCACUAUUUGGAUGAAUUUCACCUAAACUGAAUCUUUCAUGUUUUAGAAUUUGUCAAUUUUGCUGAAAGACAGUUGAAAUGGCCUUUGACCAAAAACAUCCUUCUCAAUUUUGAUCACCCCUAAAAUGUAUAACAAUCCUAUGACCAAUUAUAAAAUAGGGUAUUUGUGAAAUCUUAGAGUAAUAGUGUUCUUUAUCUUUGGCCUACAAACUGGAAAGAAGGUGGCAGCAAUUUGCCAGAGCUUUCCUGGGACACCAUCUGCAUAGAUUGUUUCCAUUAGAUCAGAUUUUUGCUUCCCAUUGGUAGAUGAAUUUUGUAGUUGAAAACAUUUUACUGCCAUCUCGGUGCUAUUUCUGAAUAUUGUCAGGCCUUUUAUAACUAAUCCAGACAAAGACGUAACACCAUGCCUGUUCAGGAAAUCCCCACCUUUUACAUUUCUGUUAUCUGGUCACAAUGCAGAAGUUCAUUUAAUUCAAAAUUGGUUCACGAUAGAAAUCUUUUAGAAAAGCCAGGUGAUCCAGAAAACUCCACACACCUAAAUUCCUGGUAUUCCUCAAUACAAAUCAACAUGUUUCCUAGCCAGAAAAGAAGAGCCCGAUGAGUAUUUCUGCAUUAUUAUUUCAUCAAAGAGAAGAGAAACAUGAAAGGCCCCUCUUACUAAUGUCCAUCAGUGGCUCAGAGGCCAGGGAUACUGGCCACAAAUCAACUUCUAGGUCAAACUGCUAACAGACCAGUUUUCCCUAUGAUAAGCUUAACCACCAAUUGUUCUCUCUGUUAAAAUUUCCUUUGGCUAGUGGCUGUUGUUUCCAGAAUGCAAUGAAAGUAGAGUUCAAAAGCUUUGAAAAAAGUAAGUGGAAAGUGGCUGAUGCUGAAGGAAGACAAGCAGAAGCUGAAAUCCUUGAUGAAGUUCACAAAGCAGCAGCACACUGUUCAUGAUUGCCGCGAGCUAUCACAUAGGCAGCCACGUUUUGUGCUUAGAAAAUACUUUGAACUGAUUCUGUAAUUUAAUUCUGGUCUUUUUUGUAAAUAUUAGCAUGCAUUUUGUAUGACUUGCUUACCUACUUUGCAAGGCCUUUGGCAGCCUUUUAACUCAUCAACCUCAAGGUGAUGUUCUCUGUGUAAUUCCAACGAUGGCCUCCAAACUGAUGAAUUUGCUGUGGACAGCUGAAGUAUGGUGUACAAGAUUGCUUUAACUUGAUAUGUAUUUUUGUCAAAUGAAGCUUUUUGUAAAAAAAAAAAAAAUACAAUGCUAUUUGAAUGAUUUCUUGUAAAUGCUGUGAAUCUAUAUUUGUUGUUUUGUAUUAUGUAUUAAAAUUAAUUUGCCAAA